UUUUGAUAGUUAAAAAUAAAAUGUCAAGGUUUAGGAAUAUGAAUCUAAGAAUGAAAAGUGGGGUGAUUGACCUCGCAUAUCUUCUGAAUAAGCACCUAAAAAAGAGUAAGAAAUAAAGUCAAGAGUGACAGGAAUAUUCUUAACAAAGAUAAAAUUGCUAAAGCACAAGUGACAUUCUUCAGAAAUCGCAAAAAUGUGAAGCCUCAUCUAGAGAAGAAAUUCAGUGAUAGUAAUAUUACUAAACUCUUGAAGAAGAUUCAGGAUAAAUAAAAUAGACCAAUCACAGAUUUCGAAAGAUAAUGAUUUAUUAUCAACUUUUAAAAAUAAUAUACUCGAGCAUAAAUAAGACUAGGGCUUCCACAAGCUUCAAGCUUAGAGGCUGCAAGUCCUAUGAAAUCUCGAGAAAUUUCAACCUUCAAUCAAAUGGGGAUAAUAGCGAAGCAAGGAAUACUAGCCAUAAUUCGGAGUUCUGGAACGAAUUCGUACAAAAACUCGAACAAAAGGAAAAUGGUCUACAUACUUCUCAUAAGCAGCCUGUGUUAGACCUCCAGCAGAGCGUGUGGGGACUAAAAUUUCUAGGAUCUGAUCAAUAUUUCAAAAAGAACUAUCGCUAUAUCAAGGAAUUACGAUAUAAACCGAGAAAUAUAAGGUUUCUAUCUCAAUCGUAAAAUUCAAAGUAAUGAAUAGGCGACAGAUCCUUUCAGCUCCAAGUUC